AUGAACAUACGAAUUACUCACAAAUUGAAGGGUAGGAGUUUUUGGGAUAUUAAUAGCAAAGGUAACAUGAGCUGGGGAUGGAGGAAAAUCUUGUCUCUUCGUAGUGUUGUCAGACCGUUUAUAUGGAAGGUGGUUAGAAGUGGGGCUCAAACUAAUAUAUGGUGGGACAAUUGGUGUCAUAUUAGUCCGCUAAGCGCUUUCAUAUCGCCCCGGAGAAUAACUAUUGCGGGCUUCAACAUCUCCUCUUCUGUUUUAGAGUUAGUGGAUGAAAACGGAAAUUGGAGCUGGCCGCAAGCCUGGUAUGACAUAUACCCGGUUUUAAUUGGGUUGAAUGCUCCUCAACUGAUGCAAGGUAUGGUGGACCGUACGGUUUGGAAAGACUUGGAUGGGAACAUGUGUUCGUUUUCCUCAUCUGAAGUGUGGCAUGCUGUUCGGAGUAGACACGAUCAGGUAUUAUGGGUUGAUGGGAUAUGGUUUUCUCAGUGUAUUCCUCGUCACUCCUUUCACUUAUGGUUAGUCGUAAAGAAUAAACUUAAAACCCAAGACAGGCUUGCUGUAUGGGAGGCGGGAAGUGCAACAAAUCUAAACCUCAUGUGUUGCCCGUUAUGUAGAACUAAUCGGGACUCUAGAGAUCAUUUGUUCUUCCAGUGCUCGUUUGCCUCUAAGGUGUGGAAUGAAGUUAAAACUAUGGUUCAAAUGGGUAAUGUUGAUAGCUCUUGGCAAUCCAUUAUGACGUGGAUGGAAUGUAAUGCGAGGUCAAAGAGGACGGAUCAUAUUAUAUGUAAGCUGGUUAUUGCGGCCUCGACAUACUUCGUCUGGCAAGAGAGAAACAACUGCUUGUUUUCUAAUGCUUUUGCUGAUCAGAAGGUGGUGAUUCAGAAGAUUAAGGAAACUGUGCGUUUACGGCUAAUGGGGUUCAAGUUCCGAAGACAGCCGAGUAUUGAGAGCAUCCUUCGGACAUGGAAGAUUGGAUCAAACGAUGAGACAAAUGAUCCGGGCUAG